AUGAAGACAUCAAUUCUCGUGUUGGGGGCGGCUGCGGUUGCCCUCGCUGCACCUACUUCUCACUCUUAUGCGGUGCACGAACGACGAGAGUACAUCCCCAACUCCUGGGUUGAGGGGAAGAGAUUGGACGGGUCUACCUCGCUCCCUGUACGGAUUGGUCUGACCCAGUCCAACUUGGACAAAGGUCAUGAUCUUCUCAUGGCUGUGUCGGACCCCACCUCCGACCGCUAUGGAAAGCAUUUGAGUCAGGCCGAGGUCCAUGAUAUGUUCGCUCCAAGCCAACAGAGUGUGGAUGAGGUCCGGGCCUGGUUAGAAUCUGCUGGUAUUGCCGCGCACCGCAUCUCCCAGUCGGUGAACAAGCAAUGGAUUCAAUUCGAUGCCGACGCCAAGGAGCUCGAGGACCUGCUCCGCACCGAAUACUAUAUCUAUUCGCAUGCUGACUCUGGAAAGUCCCAUAUUGCGACUCGCGAGUACCAUGUGCCACACUCCGUCCGCGAGCACAUCGAUUAUAUCACUCCCGGCAUUGCCCUGCGUGGCGUGAACAAUGUCAAGAAAUCUGUCACUAAUGUCGACAAGCGCAACUUGAAUGGCUUGCCUCCUAUUCUGCAGCCGAUCGCCGUCUCGCUCGAGAACCUCUUGCAUGGCCUGCUUGAUUUCUGCUCCCUGGCCAUUACCCCCCAGUGUAUCAAGGAGAUGUACAACAUCACCAAGGGUACAUCCUCAACCAAGGGCAACGAGCUCGGUAUCUUCGAGGAUACCGGGGAUGUCUACUCCCAGACCGAUCUCGAUCUUUUCUUCGGAUCCUUGGCCAGCGAAAUUCCCAUUGGCACGCACCCCCAUUUGUCCGCGGUUGAUGGUGCUGAGGCGCCUACCAGUGUAGCCAAUGCUGGCCCUGAAUCUGAUCUCGAUUUCCAGAUCUCUUACCCUAUCAUCUGGCCUCAGAACUCGAUUCUCUUCCAGACCGACGACAUGGUUUACGAAGAGAACUAUACCUUCAAAGGCUUCUUGAACACCUUCCUCGACGCUAUUGAUGGAUCCUACUGUGACUACAUCUCUCCAUUGGACCCAUCCUACCCCGACCUGCCGAUGGGGGCUACAAGGGCAAGCUGCAGUGCGGCGUCUACAACCCACCCAAUCUACCAGCGCCGCCAGUGCAACGAGUUCAUGAAGCUCGGACUCCAAGGUGUCUCGACCAUCGUUGCCUCUGGUGACUCUGGUGUCGCGGGACGCGGCGGUGACCCUACCCCCAGCAACUGCCUCGGUGACCAGGGCCAGAUCUUCGCCCCUGACUUCCCUGCGUCGUGCCCCUACCUGACCGCCGUCGGAGCGACCCAUCUGCCUGCCGGUGCUCAGGCCGGAGCUCACCAGGAGCAGGCCGUAACUAGCUUCCCAUCGGGCGGGGGCUUUAGUAACAUCUACGCCCAGCCCGACUACCAGACCAAGGCGAUCAAGGAGUACUUCUCCACAGCCAACGUCUCCUACCCAUACUACGAGACCGUGGACAACAAGACCAUCGGCGCUAAUGGCGGUAUCUACAACCGUGCCGGCCGUGGCUACCCCGAUGUCUCUGCGAUCGGUGACAACGUUGUUAUCUUCAACAAGGGUCUGCCUGUUACUAUUGGUGGCACUUCGGCCUCUGCGCCGGUCUUCGCUGCCAUCCUCACCCGUAUCAACGAGGAGCGCCUUGCCGCUGGCAAGUCGACUGUCGGGUUUGUAAACCCUACCCUUUAUGCCAACCCUGGUGCCUUCUUCGAUGUCACCCAGGGCAGCAACCCCGGUUGCAAGACCGAUGGUUUCCCUGCCGCCGAGGGCUGGGACCCUGUCACUGGCCUGGGGACUCCUAAUUUCCCCGAGCUGCUCAAGGUCUUCAUGCAGUAG